GAUCAUGCUGGCCUGUAUCCAGAGACGACAGAACCUCUCGUCGCAGCGUCUGGCCUGCACUCCCAAAAGCCUUGAUGUUGCUACGCCGCCAUUACAGCUGCUGGUGCCGCCGGUGCUGCCCUGCACCCGCAAAGGCGACCUGGCCACCGUGAUUUCCCGGUACCCGUCUCCUGCAGAGCUGGAUGCUUUCGCCCAGCGGAACGCCAACAGCCCGCUGUCCAUCAAAAUCGUCCCCUCCGAGGUACGGGUGCCGCAGCACAAGCAGCUCAACAAAACCGUCAACGGCUUGGACACCACGGGCACCCAUCGCUACAGCCCCUACCCCGGCUCAGGAGGCCUGCUGGCCGUCAAACACUCGGAGGUGGUGAGAGGUGGGGUGAAGAACUCGGAGGGCAGGAGGACUAAACAUGCCAACAACCAUCCGGCCUCUGUGGCACCGUAUAACAAUCCUCUGAAUAAUGGCUACGCUGUCAGACAUGGGCACAAGGCCUAUCAUAUAAGCGCCUGUAAGCUCUCUGAUGUGCCCAUUGAGACGCUCUGUUCCGGUCCGGGGAUGACCUCCGGAGACCGCAGCCUGCUCCCCCGGUCCGAGCUGGCCGAGGUUCAGAGCCUGAUGAGGCAGAUGAGCCGAGUUCCCCUUAGCCAGGCCCUGCAGCUGGGGGGGGAGGCGCGGGCCAGCCCCACCGUGCAGGCCGUGGCCGCCGUGGCACAUUCGGACUCCGACUUCGUCCUGGGGGUGCCACCCCAGAGCAGCCUGGCGUUCACGGGAGCCAUGCUGCCCACGCAGAGCGCAGACAUCGCCACAGCCGGCUACCUGGAGAAGGGCGACUACGCGCUGUGGCAGCACAAGCAUCCGAUCCAGCAGCAGCACGCGUCCUACCAGCAGGUGGCAGUGAGGAUGUACAGUGUGGGCAGCGCUGCUCAGGGGCAUCGAGCAGCACCGGCCGGGGGGGGCCAGUCUCCUGAGUCCUGCCUCCCUCUGGCCUGCUCCUCUCAGCUGGCCUACAGGCCGCCUCCUCCCAGUGGGGGUGCCUCCUCCCAGUACUUCGCUCCUCUCUGGGACGGCGUGCUGGCCCCCCCCCACAGCGACUGUUAUACCUCCCAGGUGCUGGCAACGGGUACGUGCACGGCCAGGCCUCGGGACAUGGGCUUCUCCCACCCCCACCUCCACCCACACUGCCAUCAACGCCCACACCACCCUCAGCAUCAUCAGCCUCAGCUGCAUCCGCCUCUCCCGCCCCCCCACAUGCAGGCCUACAGCACCGACCCGAACCUCUGCUGUGGGAUGCCCACCUCCAGCCUGUGCCACGCCGCCGUGCUCAGCAGCAGCCUGCAGUCUCUGGAGUGCCUCAUCAGUGACAUCCACCCCCCCUGCAUCAAAGAGCGCAUGCUGGGCCGCGGGUACCAAGCCAUGGGAAUGCCUCCGCUGCUGGAGCACCACCACCACACAGCCCACAUCCAACUCCCCGUCUACAGAUAA